AAGCUAGCCAGCAGCAAGUAGCUUUUAGGCUGCUUGAUUACAUCGGCGGCCUGCGCUUUAGUCAGUUAUCAAGAUCAUAGGCUUAGAGUAAGAUGUCGGUUUGACGUUGCUAUCUAAUUUACCGCCCGGCAUUUUUCCAUUACAAAUUUGGCGUAUAAGCUUGGUUCGCAGGUCAAAUGUGUCACUGCUGUUUUAUCGCAAAAUUGAUUUGAAUAGCCAACACAAUUUAAACUAAAAAAAAAACUACUCACUUAACGACGUAGAAAAAAAAACAGAAGACGAAGAGGAAAAACACCAAAACUAAUUUCCAUGCAAAGAUUGAAAAUUGAAAACUUGAAAGGAAAAACUUAAUGAAAAUAAACUUGAAAUCAGGCAAAAAAAAAACAAAAAAGUGUGCGUGAAAACUUGUUUGAAGUGUUGCUCGAUGCGGUUAAUGCUGCUGGUUUAGCAAUUAUCCCAUCUCAUAUGCAUGUAUGCUGGCUGACUGACUAACUGAGUGACAAACCCUGGAGGAGAUAGACACAUUUGCAUCCGUCGACCGCAACCCACUUAGUUUUGUGUGUGUUUUUCAAUAUUUUCGCACAAUGUCGCUGUCAAAGAUGUCGAAGUGCCACUCACUCAUUUACCCAGCAACACAGUGUUAGCCAUUAAAACAGUAUUAUACUAACCUAACCAGCCAACCGACAAAUCAGUCUAGUUUUUUUUUCUGUCAUAUUGCUGGUUAUUAACCUUCCGAUUGAAUUGGUUCAAUUAGAAAAGGAGUUACAAACUUUGAUUGGUUUGGACUACAAAUUGUCGCAGCACACACACACACACAACAUUUUAUUGGCAACAUGUUGCUGGAAUUAUUUUGCAAUAAUCUUUGUGAAGUUUCCUCAAUUUCCCAUAGUUAUCAAAUGGCUCCCAGUGUCUGUCAAAAUUCACCCAAAUUACCGCCACAUAAUAAUACACAGUCUGGUGUUCAUAGUGGCGGUGGUGGCAACGGAGGUGGUGGAGCUGGAGCAGCCACUGGAAGUAACAAUCAUCAUCGGACGGCUGGCGCUGCACUUGUUGUUGGCUCAUCUUCCGUUACACAACGUAGCAAUUGUGGCAGUAAUAGCAUCAAUGGUUCCAUGGCAUCGUAUAAAAUGUCAACAACAUCGGAAACAAGUUGGUCCCAGACUGUUUACAGCAAGGAAAAUCAACGACCACCCGUCUACAAUCCCGAGGAUUAUGUGGCAGCACUAAAAAAGUUCGGUAAACGUCAGAGUGGACCCAAUCCACGAUCGAUUUACGAUGCCAGCGAUGCGGCAGUAGCAGCGGCGGCUGAGAAUGAUUUCAAAUCGGCCACCUUGCCUCACAAGCAUUCCGAUUAUAAAAGUCCAAUUAUGGCGCCGGUGGCAAGUGAAAGUGAAAUGUCGCUGAGACAAUUUUCAAGUAUUACCGAUUUGUUAACGAAAUUACGGGCCGAUCUAAGGGUGUCGUUUCCAAGUUUUGUCCAAGAAUUUGUGGCCACCCCCUCGGAUGGAGUUAGUCUCCUAUUGGAGGUAUUACGUUCCAUACAAUUGUCCCAGGCGGUUAAUGCCCCCAUUAAUACCAUUAAUAAUAUUGGGACAGUACCGAGAAAUUCGCAAAGCUAUCAGCGACGUGCGCUGCUCGAUGAGUUGGCGUGUUUACAAUGCCUCAACAUUUGCUGUUCCCGUUCGAUAGAGGCCGUGGCCCGCCUGGGUACCACACCUGUUGGCCUGAUGCCCUUGGCCUCCUCGGCAACGGGUCAAGGUAUCCGAGCUCGCAUCUUGGCAAUGCAACUGAUGGCAAAUGCUUGCGAUAAAAAUUCUUUUGGUCAUGGUAAUCAGAAAUUGGCCACCUCCGGACACACAGCCAUCUCAGAUGCUAUGUCAACGCUGCGUUUAAGAUGUAGUGAACCGGUACGUUUUCGUCUACUUAUGGGUAUGCUGAACAGCGGUGGGGGUUCGGGUGAAUUGCAGGCGGUGGGAGUGAGAUUUAUCAAUGCCUUCUUGGAAAGUUCGGAAAAUCUCCAACAACGUUUAUAUUUGCAAGCGGAAUUGUUUCAGGCCGGAUUUGAUCCUAAUAACUUGGCAAAGACCAUUUCCUCCUCCUCACCCUGGUUGGAUGUGUUGCGCAGUGAGUUGAAAAAAUUCCACGACAUUUAUGUGGAUGUGGACAAAAUGAUCACCCAAUCGCGGGAAGCAGACCGCGUCCGCAGUCAAAUGGUAAUCCUUGAACGUCGGGUACAAAUCCUACACGAAGAAAAGGCCGUACUCACCUCCAUGGAACGGAGGCUACAGGAACGUUGUGCCGAAUUGCAAAGAGAAAUAUUCCGUUUACAGGGAGCUCAGAAUGAGAAUACCUUCAAGUCGUUGGAUAAACAGCCGGUCACCCUGCCGCGGCACAUACCACCCGGCAAGCAACAAGAUUCCUCAGAACAUGAAGAUGAGGGUAUCAGUAGUUCGGAUACGGGACCCUCAUUGUCACCGGUACCGAUUUUGGUAUUGCCACAGAAUAGUAAAAAACUCGAUAAACUACCGGCCGAUCCCGCCAUUGAGGAUGCCAUGGAAGAGCUGGACAAUGUGGUGAAUGAAGCCGAGAAACAAAUCUCCACAAAUGAAUGUAAAUUCAAUAAAAUCUGCAAGGAAGCCAAGGAAAAAGAAAUUGUCCCCAAAAAUAUUGUGCCGCAGCCGCCAAGGAAAUCCAGAUCACUGGCCCAUUUGGUACAGCCAGAAGGUUCCGAUUUGGAUGGUUCCGAAUAUGGUAUGCUCAUGCUGCAGAAACCCAUUAAUCCCAAUCAAGAGGUGGCCGCCUUGAAGACCUUUUUCGAUGAAAGUGAUUAUGUCAUCCAGGAUCAGGAUAAAUCUUUUCAUCGCAAUGGUUUGGAAUCUCCGGAAAUUCCAGAAAAUGUCGUCAAUAAACAACACUCCAACAAUACCACCCGGGAGCUGUUGGAUGUCAUCAUGAAUGCCCGCCAUUGUGAAGAUGAUCCCACAAUGAAGGCAUUGCGUGAGAGCUCGGAUAGUCCUGCCGAUGAGACGGAGGACAACGCGAAUGCCAUUGUCAUGAGUGGGGCGCCAAAACGGGAAAGUUUCACCGAAACCAAUGGUGUACCGCCACAACAAUUCAAUGGAGUGUUCUUUAUGACCGACAUGAAUACGGCCCAAAAAUACCCAAAGCCGGAUUUAACGGCUGCCCUGCAGGCUCGCCGAGUCACCAAGAAUGUUGAACGCCUUGAGGCUGUCUUUGCCAGCCAUAAUGAGGCCUACAACGAGGCCGACCAACAGAAUGGCAAACGCAACAAUUUAAUGCCCAGCAAUCGUGAAAAGUCACGAAGUAAUCAGCAGAUUUAUUUUGGCAGUAAUCCCACCAUACGCAUUGGUCCCUAUGCCCAGCAGCAGCAGCAAAGCACAAGGCCGGAUCUAUUGAACAAUAGCAAUGUGACAACACGAACGCGUUCGUAUACCCAAGGCUCCAAGGUCACCGAUAUACCAUCGGGUCUUUACUAAUUGUAUUUUAAGCAUUUAUUAUUAGAGUAUAGGAAAUUUGUUUACUUGAAAAGCUUUUGUGCAAUACACAUGUAAUUUGUUGACACAAGUUCUGUCUCAAAGUUUGUUAGUGUAGGUCGCUUAGGAUAUAAGACAUUUUUCCUAGGUUAAGUUACUAAUUUAUUAAUAAAACAAUACACCAAUAAUAUA